AUGAUCUUGCACCUUGUCAAGGGAAUAGUCCUAGCCUUUCUGACUGGACUUGGAGCUGCAGGGAACAUCGUUGUUUUUGUCAGUCAUAUACUCAUGUUUGGGGGCAUGGAGAAGAAAGCUAUACAUCUUAUUCUCAUCCACUUGGCCUUCACAAAUAUCAUAAUGCUUCUUUCUAAGGGAGUGCCAAGGACAAUCACAGCUUUUGGCAUGAGAAACUUCCUAGAUGACAUAGGCUGCAAGAUGGUGUGCUACCUGGAGCGGGUGGCCCGGGGCCUCUCUGUCUGCACUAGCAGUCUCCUCACUGUGGUGCAGGCCAUCAGUAUGAGUCCCAGACACUCCAGGUGGAGGAGGCUCCAGCCCAGGUCUGCGUGGUUAAUUCUUCCUUUGUUUCCCUUCCUGUGGAUAUUCAGUUUUUCAACAAAUGUCAACUUACCCCUCUACAUUACAAGUGCUAGUGUGAACACAUCGCAGAUUAGCAAGAGUGACUACUAUUGUUAUUUUCAGCCAGAAAGUCAGAAGGUAAGAUGGAUCAUUCUCAGUAGCAUGGUCUUUUGGGAUGCUGUGUCUCAGUGUAUCACGUGUGGAGCCAGUGCCUACAUAGUGUUUCUUCUCCAUAAGCACCACCGGCGUGUUCUCCGCCUGCAGAGGUCCAAGUUCCUCUACAAAACUCCCCCCGAGAUCAAAGCUGCCCAAAGUGUUCUCCUUCUGAUGCUUUGUUUCCUCUUCUUUUAUUGGGCAGAUUGUGUUUUUUCUCUGCUUGUGAAUUGUUUCUUGGAGAACAAUCCUAUAUUAAAUAUUCGAGAGUUUCUUACCCUUGGUUAUGCGAUUCUCAGCCCCCUUGUGCUGAUUCACAGAGACGGACAUGCAGUUGACUGCUGGUCCACUCAAUGGGAGAGAGGGACUUUCAGAAAAUAUUUAUUCAUUCUAUUCUUUCAAUAA